UGUAUAGACAUUUCAGUAAAGUUGACAGAGAUGAUUUUUCGUGCAUUAAGGUUUAAUCCUGAACUAGGAUUCAAAUAUAAGCACCACUACUGUAUAUGAUGAUUUGAAUAAUUGUAUAACAAUUUUCAGCAUUUGUGAACCGUAUGUAAUCACCAAUCUUAUCUCGUAUUUCAAACCAGGACAGACCGAGAUGACAAUAUAUGAUGCAUACUUUUAUGCUGUAAUGAUGAUAUCUUUGAAGUUGUGCCAGCGCCUCUACCUUCACAAUUACAUAUUGUGCGUUCAACAGCUGGGAGUAGAAAUAAAGACUUCUUUCACCUCGUUACUCUACAGAAAAUCAUUGAAACUUACAUCUAGCACUUUAUCACAAACAACGGUAGGUAAUAUUGUAACCUUGAUUACGAAAGAUGUUCAAACAUUCAAGGAAUCCGUUUGGAUCAUCAGCGAUGUUAGUAGCGGUUUGGUUCAGAUAAGUCUAAUUUCCUAUUUGAUAUUUGCAAAAGUCGGGAUUACUUCAUUAUUUGGUAUAGGAAUAUUGAUUGCUGCAUUGCCUAUUCAAGCAAUCAUUGGAAGAUGGAUCAAUACCCUCAGGCAAAAAACUGGAGCAAAAACUGACGAACGACUGCAAGUAACUCAAGAAGCGUUGUCAGCAAUUAGAAUAAUCAAAAUGUACACAUGGGAGAAAAUUUUUGGCGAUAGAAUCAAUGAGGCUAGACAGUAAGAUAU